GGCUCAAGGCGUGUACUUGUAUUGAAUCAAGAUAAAUGAUAGAGAUACUGGAUCGGAUCCACAAAUUUUCUUAGAUGACCCUGCCUUAUUUGCCUUAUUUACCACGCUCAGGAAUUUUCGCAAUUAGAAAGCAUGCCCCAAAAGCUGAAGCUUGCCGUCGCGCAAGCACAUACUCUCUCGGAUCCUGCGUCCACGCUUUUUAAGUUGGCUGAGAUCACACGACGUGCUGCUUCCGCUGGCGUUCAUCUAAUACUUUUCCCGGAAGCAUAUCUGGGCGGUUAUCCUCGCACCUGUAGCUUUGGGAGCGCCGUUGGUAGUCGCGAUCCGAUCGGUCGCGAGCAAUACCUGCAUUAUUUCCAUGACGCCAUUGAUCUCGGCGACACCCCUGUCGGAGCUGGCAAUCGUUGGGUUGAGAAGCAGCUGCCGAUUGGGAAAGAUGGCAAACCCCGAGGAGAUGGGACUCGAGAGCAAUUGGAAAAGAUAUCUAGGGACACUGGGGUCUUUAUUGUUGUGGGCUUGGUGGAGCGAGCAGCUGGAAGCCUUUACUGCUCCGCCGUCUACAUAUGCCCCCGCGAAGGCAUGAUCGGCAAACGGAGGAAGGUCAUGCCAACAGGCUCGGAGCGGAUUGUUUGGGCGCAAGGUUCUCCAUCUACCCUCAAGGCAAUCACGACCAACAUCGCAGGCGUUAAGCUGACAAUCGGCACUGCAAUUUGCUGGGAAAAUUAUAUGCCACUUCUGCGUCAGACCCUAUAUGCACAGAAUAUCAAUCUAUACCUUGCUCCUACAGCGGAUGCGCGGGAUACAUGGCUUCCACUUCUGCGGACCAUUGGUUGCGAGGGCAGAGCAUUUGUUCUGAGCUCCAACCAAUGUGUAAGGAAAAAGCACCUGCCACACUGGAUUACCGGUACUUCUUCUGAUAGCUCUGGAGGGGCCGCCAGAAAUGGUAUAGAGAGACGAGUUGGACAACGUCGUCGAUCAUCAAUCGUGACAAAAACGAAAGAAGAUCACGAGAUAUCUUGGCCUCCGCCUCAUGGCUCUUUGGACGAACAUGAUGCUCGACAAACGGCAAGCGUUGAUGAGGCCUUAGGAAGCGCAAUAAGUUCUGCUGAUGAUGGAACUGCGAAAAUGCCUGAACAAGAUACUUUUGUGUGCCGAGGAGGUUCCUCUAUCGUUUCGCCCAUGGGUGAGGUCCUCGCAGGUCCAUUAUGGGAAGCUGAAGAGGAUUUUCUAGCCGUAGAGGUGGACUUUGAAGAUUGUGAGCGUGGACGUCUCGAUUUUGAUGCUGCCGGCAGCUAUUCACGGAAUGAUGCAUUUCAACUUACUGUCCAGGGGCUUGAUCUCGACCCACCAGCUUAGGUAGUGAAGGCCAUGUACAAGGCCGGCCCAGAAACUUAUUCCCACUGUGGCUGGUAUAGUUGAUGUAUUUACUAAUGAGGCAUCCCUAGGCGGUGGUCCAAAUUGUUCAACUUUUUUUCACAUAUCUCAAAAAAAACUGUAUAUCUUAAUCAAUAGUAUCUAAAAUUGAAACAUGGGAAGUCAUGACGUGUCAG